AUGACAGUCACAUAUGACUCCCCCUCUCGGGGAACUACCAACACAUCAAUGGCCUCCCUCGAGGAUCGUUUCCAGGUGAUGAAGGAAGUGGGUGAUGGCAGCUUUGGCAGCGUGGCGCUUGCGCGCGUACGAACUGCUGGGUCACAUAUUGCGCGUCGAGGAACAAUGGUGGCUAUCAAAACAAUGAAGAAGACUUUCGACUCGUUAGGCCCAUGUCUAGAGUUGCGUGAGGUUAUCUUCUUGCGUACCUUGCCAGUGCACCCACAUUUGGUCCCGGCUCUCGACAUCUUCCUCGAUCCGUUUUCUCACAAACUGCACAUCUGUAUGGAGUACAUGGAUGGCAACCUAUACCAGUUGAUGAAGGCCCGGGACCACAAGUACUUUGAAGGAAAGCAUGUCAAGGGUAUCUUAUAUCAGAUUUUGUCUGGACUGGACCACAUUCACGCCCAUCACUUCUUCCAUCGCGAUAUCAAACCCGAGAACAUCCUCGUGUCGACCUCUGCUCCGAACGACUCCACGUUCAGUCGUUACUCCAACCUUGUGACUCCCCCCUCUACCCCCCCAACAUAUACCGUGAAGAUCGCCGACUUUGGUCUCGCCCGUGAGACCCACUCCAAGCAGCCUUAUACUACCUACGUUUCGACUCGCUGGUACCGGGCACCAGAAGUGCUCCUCCGUGCGGGAGAGUACUCUGCUCCGGUUGAUAUGUGGGCUGUUGGUGCCAUGGCUGUCGAAAUUGCGACACUGAAGCCACUGUUCCCCGGUGGAAACGAGGUGGAUCAGGUUUGGCGUGUAUGUGAAAUCAUGGGUAGCCCUGGUAACUGGUACAGCAAGUCUGGUGCCAAGAUUGGUGGUGGUGAAUGGCGUGAAGGAUCGCGGCUGGCGCAUAAGUUGGGCUUUACGUUCCCCAAGAUGGCACCACAUGCAAUGGACACUGUUCUCCAGCAGCCCCAGUGGCCUGCUGCCCUCGCCGAGUUCGUGACAUGGUGUUUGAUGUGGGAUCCAAAGAACCGACCGACAUCAACCCAGGCCUUGAACCAUGAAUACUUUGCCGAUGCCGUGGAUCCUUUGCGGCCCAAGUCCUCGACUUCCUCAAGAUUGCUCGGUCGCAAGCCAUCCGACCGAAGCUUCAAGUCUCCGACCCUUACCCCCCACGACUCUCCUACCCUCUCUAGCAAGCCCUCGUGGUUCCGCAGAUCUUUGAUUGGACGCUCUGAUAGUCCUGUCCCAUCCGAAAAUGACAGCCCUGUCAGACCUCCCGUUGUCAGUCACCACACUGUUCCCGACAUCCAGCCAGCCAAGGCUCGCCCCUCCAACACCAAGCGGGCCACAUGGGCCAACGGUGCUCCGAUGCCUAUUCUUCCUUCCAUUCGUCCUGUUUCACCACUGUCAGCUUCCGUCACAGCGCAAGCUAACGCGACCGUGGCACAUAACGCGUCGCUACAGGUUGAGUCUGAGGCUAGCAAGGCUAGCAAAAAGAUUGGUCGCCAACUUUCCGUCAACUCCAACGGCAAUCAUUACUCAGAUGCGCACCGCCUAGAGGCCGAACGGAUACUGAAUGGUUCUGGCAGUACGACACCGACUACCAAAGAGAGCUUCUUCUCUCAUCUGCGUAAGCGCGCUCGCAGACUCUCUGGUCGGAACCAAGCCGCGGCAGCCACCGAUGACGUCGAGGCCAAUGCCGGGUGCAUUCCAUGGUCCAACCGUUCUUCCAUGGCCAUCGAUGGUGCCAACGUUGACGCCAAGCAGCCCGGUAAUUCCGAUCUGAGCGAGCUUGAUAAGGCGCUCCAGAGUGUGAAGUACUCGCUAGACUCGUCCACCCUUGGUAACGUGCCUGUGCAUCUGAACUCAGAGUGCAGCAUCACAAAGCGCCAGUCCAUGCCCCAGACUACUGGCGCGAAUCCCGGGCCCAUCUCUAGCCGGACUCGGCGAGCCAUGCAGAUGACCAGCCAUCCCGUCCACCGCUACGAGACGCCCGAGGAGGAGGAUGAGCUUUUGGACGAGGUCUUACACUCGGCCAGCAAAGCUGCACUGCGCUUGGCUCAAAAUCAGUCAAUAACUUCUCAUUCGCGCGCUCUUCCCAGCCCAUAUCCCACGCCAUCGCCGACAGCGGCCCACCGUGAAAGCUACUUUGACACACCCGACAAGCACAUCACCAAGCCUGAUGUGACCUCGAACCGCCAAUGGCCGACUCCCCCAUAUGAAGAGUCCGAGUGGAACAACAAGGCAUCCUCCCACUACAUCCCUUCCGGAUCCAACUACAUCUAA